CCCAGCCCCCCGCCUCCCCCCUCUCCCACCCCACAUAACCAGCACCAUGUCCGCCGAGUUCCCCCAGGCUUUCAUCGACGCCAACGAGCGCUUCUCCGAGGGCCUUUGGCACAACUUCAUGCGCCCCCUCUCCCAAUACCAGCUGCGCAUGCGCCUCGAGUGCCUCAAGAACUACGACCGCUACCCCACCACCGCUGAGGCCUCCCAGUGCGUCGAGCAGUCCGCCGUCGAGCUGGCCCAGCGCGCCCAGGUUGUUGUUCGCUUUUCUCAGACCAUGCAGCGCGAGAUCUCUCGCUGCUUCCAGCAGGGCGGCACCAGCGGCCGCGAUGCCUGCCUGCUUGACCUGGUCCCCCUGUUCGAUGACGCCAUGGACACCUUCGAGUCCUCCCUUGCCGACCUCAACUAGGAGAUCCCCCAAGCUGCACGCGCACCCCUCCCUCCCUUGACGAAGACGCCCAUGCACCAGCUCGCACCAACUGCCUCCCUCCUGUAUCCUUGAUUCCCUUCCGGGGGGAGUUCUACCUGUGCCCGCGCGCCCGUGUCCCUUUUUUUGCACCAUUCGCCCACCACCAAUAGAGCGGUCUUACCACGCAGACACACACACAUGCAUA